CAACUUACACGUACACGCCGUUUCAACGUCUAAGUUGUCUGCCACUCUCAUUGUCCGGCCUGUCAUGCCUUUCUAUUGCGGGAAUGAAGAGGAAUUCGUGGAUGCAACUUGAGGUUUUUAUAUCUCUUGCCUGUGUUCUUUAGCUGCGUGUCGUCGCUUGAAACCAGCUCAUUCGCCAGAGCACCAGUCUCCCUCUCAACACCAAGCCGCUCGUCUCACGCAUCAUGGCAUCCAAAAUGACGUCCACAGACGCCCUCCUGACGUCCCUGCUCUUCACCGUCCCCCUGGUGCACCUGCUCCUCGCCCCCUACACCAAAGUCGAGGAGUCGUUCAACAUGCAGGCGGCCCACGACAUCCUCGUCUACGGCACGCCCACCAGCGGCGACGUGGGCGCGCGCCUGGCGCACACGUACGACCACUUCACCUUCCCGGGUGCCGUGCCGCGCACGUUUCUCGGCGCUGUGCUGCUCGCCGGCUUGGGCCAGCCGCUCGUCGCCGUCGUCGGCUUCCAGCAUGCCCAGCUUGUCGUCAGGGGCUUGCUGGGCGCUAUUAAUGCCGCGGCGCUGCUGGUGAUGCGGAACUCGCUGCGCAAGGCGUUUGGGAAAGGUGUGGCUAACUGGUGGGUUGCCAUGCUGGUCUGCCAGUUCCAUAUCAACUACUACCUCUCGCGGACGCUUCCCAACAUGUACGCCUUUGGUCUAACAACUCUCGCUUCGGCAUUCCUCCUGCCCCAGCUCGAUCCUCGGAGAUCCAUCCUCCGCCAAAAGCAGGCCAUCGCUCUCUUCAUCUUGGCCGGCGUCAUCUUCCGUUCCGAGAUCGCCCUCCUUCUCACCACCACGGCGCUGUACCUCCUCAUCAGCCGGCGCACGACGGUGCUCGCCCUGAUCCCCGUCUCCCUGAUCUCCGUUCUCGUCGCCCUCGCCAUCUCCGUGCCCAUUGACUCGUACUUCUGGCAGCGGCCGCUCUGGCCAGAGCUUGCCGGCUUCUACUACAACGCCAUCCUAGGCUCCUCGUCCAACUGGGGCGUCUCGCCCUGGCACUACUACUUCACCUCGGCCCUACCGCGCCUCCUGCUGAACCCGCUUGCGCCGUUGCUCAUCCUCGUUGCACUCUUCCAGCCGGGCACAAGCCGCGCCGCACGCGCUCUCGUCAUCCCGAACCUCCUCUACGUCGCCAUCUACUCCCUCCAGCCGCACAAGGAAGCCCGCUUCAUCUUCUACGUCGUCCCGUCCCUCACGGCCGCGGCCGCCCUCGGAGCCAACUUCAUCUCCUCCCGCGCCUCCAAGUCGCUCGUCUACAGCUCGGGCUCGCUAGUCAUCGUUCUCUCUAUCCUCGGGUCCUUCGCCGCCAGCGCCGGCAUGCUCCUCUUCUCCUCCCUCAACUAUCCCGGUGGCGAUGCCCUCACGCAGCUCCAGGUCCUUGCCCGUGACGACCCCUCCCCCGUCGUCGACGUCCACGCCGACGUCCUCACAUGCAUGACCGGCCUGACUCUCUUCGGCCAGAACCCCGGCGGUCACCCUGUCGCCCUUGACCUCCCGCUCCCUCAAAACCCCGAUGCCCCCAUUUUCCUCUUCGACAAGACCGAGUCCGGCUAUCAGCUUGGGUAUCCAAGGUUCUGGGGACGCUUUGACUAUGUUCUAGCUGAGGACACGUCCAAGGUUCUAGGACAAUGGGAGGUGAUUGGCAUCGUCUUGGGCUUCGACGGUAUCGAGGUUCUCAAGCCAGGAAGUCAUCCUGCCGGCGAGCUAAGGGGCAAGGAAGCCAACAGAGUCGUUGGUGUUGGCGCCCAAGUUGCUGCGGUCCGAGACUUGGUAAGGGGGUAUACAGGCGGCUGGUGGGCUGGUCCCCGAAUGUCGCCACGGAUCCGUAUUCUCAGACGGAAUUGAUAGGUUUAUCAUCUUGGGUGGGUAGGUCAUGUAUAAUAAUAGCCCAGCUUAAUAUUGGCUUCUUUCACAAAUCAAAAGGGACAGACAUGUACUAUCACUUGUUAAAAUUAC